AUGGAUAAGGUUCAGCAGAUAACCCGCUCUGCCAUGAGAAGAGCCUCUGCAAUCGAAGUGAACCCACAAGCCCGGCGAAAUCUCCAGGAACUAUUUGUCAAUUUUACUUUGAUUCUCAUAUGCCUCCUUCUUAUGUACAUCAUAAAACUGCUGAUGUGAUUUUUCUACCUACUUUCUAUGGGAAAAUGGACUCGUGUUUAAUGGACUAUUAUGACUCUCUAUGGAACCUUGACAUGAUUUUGUGAAUGUGUUGUUUUCAGAAUACUUAGUUCUAUGAAAAUAAGCAAUUGAAAAUGAGAUUAAACACAGUCUGGUCUUUCUUUAAACAAUAUGAUUUUGAACAUUGAAUAUUGAGAAUAGAGAACACAUCAGUUUAGAGCAUCUAAACUACACAAGGCAUAAGUGCAUGUUACAGUAUUGUCUUUUUCUUGACCUGUAGCAUAAAUUAACUUUACAAAGCUAUUACUUUGUAUUACCUUCCAUUUAAAGUGUACUUUCCAUUUCUGACUCAAUGAAAAAAAAUCAUUAUCUACUGCAAAUGAUGUGUAAGUUGUCACCACAAUUCUUGUUGGUAGAAGAUGUAUGGACGGAAAUUAAGAUCCAAUAAAGAAGACAUUCUAAA